CGGGCCGGCCCCCGGCGGCGGGGCCGGGCUAUUUAUAGCAGCCGCCGCGGCGAUAUAAGGGAUGGCCGGGCGCGGGCUGCGCUGCCGCGGCCGCCGGGGCCAGAGCGCGCGGGGGCCGCCGGCGCUGCCCGGGCGCUGAGGGCGCGGCCCCGCAGCCCGGCGAUUCCUGCUGAAAUGCGGCGCCCCACGCUGGCAUGAGCCCUCCCGUCGGGAGCAGCGCGCCCCGGGCACCACCGCUUUCCCUGGCCGCAGCUCGGUGUCGGGAGGAAGGCGCUGUGGCCGCGGAGCCGCCGCUCGCAGCAGCGCCGGACGGACGGCACGGACGCAGGCUCAGCACACUGGAAGCAUGGCUACAAGUGCUGUUCCCAGCGAAAACCUCCCCACGUACAAGCUGGUGGUCGUUGGAGAUGGUGGUGUGGGGAAGAGUGCUCUCACUAUCCAGUUUUUCCAGAAGAUUUUCGUGCCAGACUAUGACCCAACUAUUGAAGACUCCUACCUGAAGCACACAGAAAUAGAUGGGCAAUGGGCAAUUCUUGAUGUUCUGGAUACCGCAGGCCAAGAGGAGUUCAGUGCAAUGCGGGAGCAGUACAUGAGGACUGGAGAUGGUUUCCUCAUCGUCUACUCGGUGACGGACAAGGCCAGCUUCGAGCACGUGGACCGGUUCCACCAGCUGAUCCUCAGAGUCAAGGACAGGGAGUCUUUUCCAAUGAUUUUGGUGGCAAACAAAGUUGAUCUAAUGCACUUACGGAAAAUUACAAGAGAACAGGGGAGAGAAAUGGCAACAAAACAUAACAUUCCCUAUAUAGAAACGAGUGCCAAGGACCCACCUCUGAACGUGGACAAGGCCUUCCAUGAUCUCGUGAGGGUAAUAAGGCAACAGAUCCCAGAGAAAAGCCAGAAGAAGAAGAAAAAGACCAAAUGGCGAGGGGACAGAGCCACAGGCUCCCACAAACUCCAGUGUGUGAUUUUGUGACGGGACACCCUGGGAGCGCCUUGGAUGCCUCCCUGCUGCCCCCUUGCCCCCGGCCAGCCCAGCGAGCAGCCGCAGCUCGAUGCUGCUGCCCGCGGCCCCUCGGGCUCCUCAGCCCCGCCGGGGGCGGCUCCAAGGGCCCCACCCGCAGAGGGGCUGCAGUCAGGGCCAGCGUGGGAGCUGUGCCCACGGGAGGCGGAAGGGAUCAGCAGGACCUCAACUCUCAGACAUCCCCAGCACCUUCCAGGGGCCUCCAUGGUGUUUAUUAAAACAAAAAAAAAAAACAAGGCAGAAGUUAAAAAGUGUUGGUUUUAUCUGCAAACAUUUCUCUUUGUGACCCGUUUCUGAACAGCCUUGAAUAGCCCCCCUGUUUGGUACAGUUGUCUGUGUAUGUGUGGGGGAAGGGAAAGGGUUUUUCUUUCUCUUUUUUCUUUUUUUUUUUUUUGGUCCUCUUCUUCCUUUUUGUUGUUUGCUCAGUGAGUGUUGGGUUGCAAAGAAACAACGGCCAGGCUUAGAUUUUUUGCACUGAACUCUCUCUUGGGCGGCAGUGCCAAAACACAACUUCAUAUGAAAGUGCAUAGAUUUGGAGGAAGAAAAUUAAUUCCAGCUGCUCUGGGUGCUCCAGACAUUGUGUCAGACUCUGGAGAGUCGCCAGCUCACAGACCAUAAACUCCAGCUUAGGAAAGGAGGUUUGGGCCUGGAUUAUAUUUUUUUUCUUACCCUUUGUCAAGAGGUUUUGUUUCUGUUUUGUAACUUUGGACAUGUCAAACUUAAGACAUUUUGUUAACCUGGAAGUAUUUAAAUUAAAGUAAUUUACAAAUGGAA